AUGUACAAGUUCUGUUUCAAUACUUCAAUCAAAUUCUGCACUGAGGCCGAGUUUUUGGGACCAGAUAUGCACCGGAAUAUCACACUCGAUCUCGAAACAUACAAUCAAACAGCCGGAGGUUUUCAUCAUCCCGAGAUCACCGUCACUGGACUCUUGAUCGAUGAUCUUCCCGAGAACUCUCCAUUCCUUUGGGAAACCUUCUUCAAUUAUCUUCCCGUUCAGAAAAUCUCCUAUAAAGUUAAGCCU